UGAUCAGUGACAACCUACAUAAAAGAAAAGAGAUGUCAACUGUCAUCAGUCCAUUUGUCAAUGGUUUAAAUUUGAACGUGCACUCUACAUGUGAUAUUUUGUGUCUACAAAAUAUAUUGAAUUGAACUUAUCAAUAAAACAUCAUUCCAAAAGAAGAAAUGUCAUCAUCUUUUUUCUUAAAAGGAAAAUCUAGGCACGUGCAGAAACGAAAGGGUGAAAAAAUAAAGAAAAAACAAUCGAAAAGGCCUACUGGUCCUAACCUCGAAAAUGGUCAUGAUUCUUCCGAAAGCGACCUAGAUCUUAAAAAGUUUUCUGACGUAGACGAAUCUGAGAGUGAUCAUGAAACCGCGGAACAAAAGAAAUUACGUUUGGCCAAAAAGUAUUUAGAAGAAAUCGAACAGGAAGAAGCCAAACGGGCUGAAGAAAAAGAGCUUGAUGAUGCUGUUGAGAAGCGUUUACAAAGGGAUUACCUGGAACAAACAGGUAAAUUAAAAGUAGAAAUCGCAGAUUCAUACGAGCAACCAAAGGAGGAAGACAUAAGACUUAUACGGUGUAAAGAGCACCGCUUAACUCUAACAUGUCUGUGUGUAAGUGGCAAUGGUUUUGUGUUUAGUGGUAGCAAAUGCGGUACGAUAGUUAAAUGGAGCAUAAAAGAAAAGAAAAAAGUUGCAAGCUUAACAUAUAAAACACAUUCAAGUUUACUCAAAGGGGGUAUUUUGUCUCUGGCAGUGUCAACAGAUUCAAAGUUUUUGGCUUCAUCAGAUGAAUCAACAAAUAUACAAGUGUGGGACCCAACUAGUUUCAAACAUUUGUAUACAUUCAAAGGACACAAAGACAUUGUAACUGGCCUUGUUUUUAGGAAGAAUUCACAUGAUUUGUACUCAGCAAGUAAGGACAGGUCUGUUAAAAUCUGGUCACUGGAUGAAAUGGCAUAUGUGGAGACAUUAUUCGGACACCAGUCACCUAUUACAUCAAUUGAUGCCUUGACUCGAGAACGAGCAAUUACCUCAGGAGGCAGAGACAACACAGUCAGAAUAUGGAAAAUUGUUGAAGAGUCACAGCUUAUAUUCAAUGGACCUGUUGGAAGUCUUGAUGAAGUCAAACUUUUAGAUGAAGAGCAUUUUGUAUCUGGCAGUGACAAUGGCUCCUUGUGUGUGUGGAGUGUGAUGAAGAAAAAGCCAUUAAGUACGGUACAGGAAGCUCAUGGCUCUGAGAAUGGUGUUCCCCGGUGGAUAACAAGUAUCGCUACACUUAUCAAUUCUGAUGUUUUUGCCUCUGGUUCGUAUGAUAAUUAUGUAAGGAUAUGGAAAGUACAAGAUUCAUACAGGAAAGUUCUUCCAGUGUUCAGUGUAGAGAUAAAUGGAUUCAUCAACUGUAUGAAUUUUACUGCUGAUGGCAGUAGACUUUAUGUGGCCAUUGGUCAGGAACAUAAGACUGGCAGAUGGUUUAAAUUAAGCAGUGCUAAAAAUGGACUUCUAGUUGUUAAUUUCACAAUCAAGUCUUAACAGAUAUUUGUAGUUAUAACAAUAAUAUAUAUAUUUUAAAAAAA